AUGAGCCCUCCACAUCAGGCUCGCACGGAUGUCAUCAUCAUGCAAAUUUUGCAACAACUCCAGCAGCAGCAGGCCGUCACCAACCAGCUCCUCCAGCAGCAUCGUGAAUCUGCACAACAGCAGCAAGGAUUCCUGCAGCAGCAAGAACACGCGUUCCGGAAUGCCAUGUCAGCAAUUCAAGUUACUGUUCCCCCCAAUCCGGAAGUGAUUUUGGACUCGUUGGCUGGGAAUAUCAGAGAGUUCCAGUACGACCCGGAAAAUCAAAUCACAUUCGCUGCGUGGUAUGCCAGAUACAAAGAUCUUUUUGCGAAAGAUGCUGAAAGGAUCGACGACGAAGCAAAAGUGAGGUUACUUCUUCGCCGGUUGGGCACAAACGAGCACUACAGGUAUGUCAGCUAUAUUUUACCCGGUGCUCCGAAGGAUUUUACCUUCCAAGAUACGGUGUCGAAGUUGAAGGGACUUUUCGGCACGAAGGAGUCCACCGUCAAGAAACGUUACAGCACCCUCACCGUCAGCAAGGCAGCGACAGAGGAUUAUGUUCCUUUUGCCUGUCGUGUCAAUAAAAUGUGUGUGGAGUUUGAGCUAUCCAAGCUCUCAGAACAACAUUUUAAAUAUUUGAUGUUCGUGUGCGGUAUGAAAUCAGAGUGCGAUGCGGAGGUACGCACCAGGUUGCUUAGACAAAAAUAG